AGGAACAUCAUCCUACAGAGCAGAGCUGACCAACGUCGUCAAUCAUCCUGCCAACUUCUCCUCGUCAGGCACAUCGCAUUCGGCCGUCCGCUCCCUACCUUUCUUCUUCGACUCUCCCUACCACCGCGCUCUGUGGCGCCCUACGUAUACUUCUUUUCCCUUCACAAGAACACGCUUGGGUUUCAGCACACACCCCCAUAACCAGCCUCCCAAUUCCUUUGUACCUGAAUACUCCACGGUGACGACAACUUUUCACAAUCGCGCGAAUCCAACCACCCGCUCCGAAACUCGAAUAAUACAUACUAAAGAAAGGCGAUCAAUUCACAACGAGUGACCGUGCGCAAUCCCGAGCGAGGCGCAUCAUGAUACGAGCUUGACUGCAGAAAUCCAAAGUACAGCCCAGGACAAAAUGGAGGACGCGCGGGAUUCAUCGGCAGCCGAGGGGUCUGGCGUCCCUAAAACGCAAGAAGGCCCGGCCGAUAGAGCACCAAGCGUACACUCCUCGCGCCUCAGUGGAGAAGUCUAUGUGCGACCCAAGUCCGGGACGAGUAAACGGAGUGCGACCCGACCCGACACCAGACAAACGAUUGGCACAGACGCAUCAAAGCCCAUGAGCCGAGGGAAAGAGAAGAGGAAGUCUGGUAUAGCUGCCAAACGCGAGUCGCUGCUCAGUUCGGGCGAAGCCUCGGCGCGCGACCCACGAAACAGAGCCAGCCGAAGUCAUGUUCCCUCAUUAACGUCGAAUGCCUUCUUCCGGCCCAUGAGCUCUCAGAAGCUGCAAGCUCAUAGACAAAGCUCGCGACCGAUUCCAAUGGACCAGCAAUUUGCGCAAGCGCAGAAUCUGCAACCACAGAAUUUAGAUUUGGAUGAUGGGGCAACAGACAUUGGGGGCAGUGUUGCCCACCAUGCAUCAGGACUCGAGGAUCUGCGGCCUCCGCCUUCCAGGGGGACGGAAUUUACCGACCAAGAUCGUGUAACAGCAAACACCAGCCCUACGACCAACGGACAUUACCCCACGGGUAGCCUGAGCGAUAGCGUCAGACCGCUACACAAGAGCAACGAGCCCGCAGCUAAUCCACGCGGCUUGACAGUGAACGUGGAAAAGAGCUUCCAGGGUGCUGGCAAGCCAGGGCCCAGCCCCCUCGCAUCUCCACGAUCGUUUCGCUCCAACUUUAUGCGUACGGGAAGGGACUCGAACCGAAAUAGGAGCACUGAGGGGGCCGAGAAGCUAUCUAGUGGCGCGUCUUCUCCCAAGAUGGCGCCAAUCGAUUCGAGAGGGCAGGCGAGACAGGCGCCGGCACAGCAAGCGCAACCUGGGGUCCCUACAGCCGGCCGAGUCUUUGAUUACUUUGAAGGCAAUACUAGGUUUUGCCUUGGUGGGAGAUGGCAGAACACGCGAGGAAGGCCGAUCAACCUGGCCACGGGGUUCUUCAUUGUGCUGCCUUGCGUCUUGUUCUUCGUCUUUUCGGCGCCUUGGCUUUGGCACAACAUCUCACCGGCUAUCCCCGUCACCUUUGCCUACGUGGCAUUCAUUUGCAUGUCGUCGUUCGUGCACGCUUCCGUGUCAGAUCCUGGCAUCUUGCCGCGAAAUCUACAUCAUUUUCCCCCGCUAGGCGAGAACGAUGAUCCUUUGCGAUUGGGCCCACCAACAAAUGACUGGACGCUCAUAAAGUCAGCCGAAUCUGCCACCGCUGCCAUGGAGGUUCCUGUCAAACACUGUCGGACAUGCAACAUCUGGCGUCCACCCCGCGCUCACCAUUGCCGCCUCUGCGACAACUGCAUCGAGACGCACGAUCACCACUGCGUUUGGCUCAACAACUGUGUCGGCAAGCGCAACUAUCGGUACUUCUUUGCCUUUGUCACAUCGGGCACCAUCCUUGCCCUCUACGUCAUCGCGACCUCUUUGGUCCAGUUACUGGUAUACCGCAGCCGUGAGAACGUGAGCUUUGGCAAAGCCAUCAACCACUUUCCGGUUCCCUUUGCUCUCCUCAUUCUGGGCGUUCUUCUCUUCUGCUAUCCUGCGGCCUUGAUGGGCUACCACGUGUUUCUCAUGGCUCGCGGCGAGACGACGCGUGAGUAUAUGAACUCUCACAAGUUCGCUAAGAACGAGCGGUUUAGAGCAUACUCUCAAGGGAGCGCCCUGAAGAACAUCAUCGCCGUGCUCUGUCGGCCCCGGACCCCAACAUAUUACCGCUUCAAAUCCAAGUACCAAGCCGGAGACCAACGGCUGGGAGUGCACAAGAGCCUUAGACCAAAGGUGGAUGCACAGGGCAUGGAGAUGCAGAACGUUACGCUGGCACCACCGCAAUUCCAGAGCGAGCAGGCUUUCCACGAAGCCAAUCGACGUUGAACGCGGGAAGUUUCUCUUUUUAUCCUUUAGCGGCUGGCUUGCUACGACAUAUUUCUACUGUUUGGGGACCAUACCUAAUGUUUUCUUUUGCACGUAAUAUACCCCUGGAAAGGACAGAUCCCAGGCGUAUCAUCUGUAUAUAGCGGACUCGAUAUCUCACUUUCUUACAUACGAACAUGGCAGCUUACUUGACGCUCACG